AUGCCAUUCGCCACCAACGGGGGAUGGUUCAUGGUUGUAGCAAUGUGGCUGUGGACCGGUCCUGUUCUUGGUGCCCAGGAUCCUGGUCCGGGGCAAUUCACGAACCAUAAGCGGACGAGCAUGUGGGUAUCCAUAGUCUCCAGAUUUCAGGUAGAAUGGACGGACUGGACUGGCGAGAAUUGCAUUUGCGUCGCACUGUCGCACGUUGCCCUUUUAGUGCAUCAGGAACCUAGUAGGAGGCACUUGGUAGACGAGAAGUCCAGGCAGCCGAGCACACUCUUCCGAUACUCUGGCACUGGCAAUACCUGCCCCGUUUCCGGUAUACUGUCACACCCGCGACAAAACUAUGGAUGUAGUAUGAGCUUCGAAGCUGCAGUGACCCGGUCCUGGUCGACUGCGCGCGAGGAGCCCAAGCAUGAACCAUGCUCGUCAUGCGCAACCACCAAAUUCCAGUGGGCCCAAGGCCUUCGUUCCUGUGUUUGUAUUGGCAGCUGA